AUGUUUGGGCUAUUCCCGUCCCUCUCAGCUUUCCGCGAUCUCUCCCAUCUCAUCCUUUCUCAUCACCAGAAAGCCAAUGAUACCAAGGAGAAGACGGCCUAUAAGGGUGAUCGUAGAGGAUGGAGAGCCCCCAAAAGAAGUAAGGGAUUACAAACCCCCGAAACCCCCAUUAGAAAGAAGUUAAAAGUAAACCUCUCAAUACCUGACGAGGACAUUGAGGACGAUGACAACCAGCCAAAGUAUCCACUAUCACAGAAAGACCGACUUGAAUCAUACUAUAAAACUCUGGACAUUCCAAAACCACCUGAAAUAACCAAUAGAACUCUGGAAGCAAUUAGUAAUUCUAAACAGAGUGAGGAUUUUGUUUCCUUCGACGCGGGAGCAACAUCGCCUACAAUCGAAAGGGAUAGUGAACAAGAUUUUGAAGCUUACAAAAACGAGGUGCAAGACACCCUGUACGAAAUAGAUAUAGACUCUGACAUUGAAGAGCCGAUACUAAAGAACGAUUACGGGAAUGAAAGUGCUAAUGUUGAGAUUAAAAAAAUACUAAAAAGGUACCAUGAUAUAAUUAAAUCCCCUGUCGAUAUAUCUCAAAUGUACAAGAUCAAUUCACACGUCCUGCUAAAGAAACAAGAAUAUAUAAAAGACACCGAAGAGGAGAUCAAGAGGCUGAAAAAUGAAUUCAAUGCAAUUGUGGAUGGCCUUCAAUCCGGGGACUUUUGA